GGUAAAUACGUGUAUCCGAACAACAAAGAGGGCGUAAAUCAAAUCCGCCAUCUUGUCUCAAUGACAAUUUUCGGAUUUUAGAUUUUUUAAUGUAUAAAACCUGCAAAAAUCCAAUGAAUCCUGAAAUAAAAGUGAUAUUUUAAUAACUGUGCAGUGUUUAGAAGUCCUGUGAUAUUUGUGUUUCCGAAUAUUUGUUUACGUUGAUAUUGACGUUUUUAGUUGACCGAUUUUGACGUCGAAUAAAAGAGCUCUAGAAUAACAAAAUGGGCACAAGAGACGACGAAUACGAUUAUUUGUUCAAAGUUGUGUUGAUCGGCGAUUCUGGGGUGGGCAAAAGCAGUCUCCUUUCACGUUUCACUAGAAAUGAAUUCAACUUAGAGUCAAAAUCCACAAUAGGUGUGGAAUUUGCGACGAGAAGUAUAGAGGUGGACGGCAAAACCAUAAAGGCUCAGAUAUGGGACACGGCCGGCCAGGAGCGUUACCGUGCCAUCACGUCGGCGUACUACCGCGGCGCGGUGGGCGCGCUACUCGUGUACGACAUAGCCAAGCAUCUCUCCUACGAGAACGUGGAGAGAUGGCUGCGCGAGCUGCGCGACCACGCUGACCAGAACAUACUGAUCAUGCUGGUCGGCAACAAGAGCGAUCUCAGGCAUCUUAGAUCCAUCCCCACAGAGGAGGCGAAGGCCUUCGCGGAAAGGAACGGUCUUAGUUUUAUUGAAACAUCCGCACUCGACUCUACUAAUGUGGAACCUGCAUUCCAGAACAUUCUAACUGAGAUAUACAGGAUUGUGUCGCAGAAGCAAAUGCGUGACCCUCCCGACGGCGACCAAACCAUCCGGCCCGACGCGGAGCCCGCGGACGCGCGGCCGUCGCAGGCCGACAGCGUGCGCAAGCAGUGCUGCCAGUAGCAGCGGGAACAGAAUGUCCAGUUAAUGUUGGAGCCGAAAGAAAAAGCAAGUUCUAAAUGCAACCAUUAUGAAUCAUUCCUAGACAGUGGUCUUACCAUCAUAAUAAAAUAUAUGUUGCCAGCACCAAAAUGUCUCGUCUUACGUCUGAGCUGCCAGUAUAACAAAGACAGAAUUAUGUUUAUUACUUUUGUGCUGUCUAUGGUAAGAGAAGUUUUAAGUUGGCAACACUCGAGUGGCUCAUGUAGAUAGCUUGUGUAAGUAUUGAUAUAUUUUAGUGUCUGAACGAAUAAAGUUAAAACUAUUAUUAUUAACGUGAAAGGAUUCAAUAUAACACACAAUUUAGCUCCAUGCUUCAGUUUUAGCACUCAUUUUUCGGUCGUACAUUUCAUGGCGAAUUUGUUGAGAAUAUAAUAUUUUUUAUUUAAAGGAGAAAACUUUUAUUUUGACUUUAGCUAAUCCAUUAUAUGAAUAUCUAUUUAUUUAGUGAAUUUAUCCGUGGCUAGGUAGUGAAAUUCCAUGUUGGUAUACAGGGCUACUUAUAAUACAUCAACAAUGUCACAGGACAAGCUGAUAUAAUAUACCACAUACUAGGUUCUACGAGUAUUGAGCAAUUCAAUACAUAACAUGAAAAUAUUGCAGGUUAUUGUAUUGUUCUAAUAUUCGUAGUUCCGGUGACGCCCCUCGCGUUAGUUAUAAACAUGGAAACUGAAAAUUAACAUUAUUGUAUGAAAGUAAAUUUGGAAUUAUCAAAACUGAUAGAAAGUGUUUACGAUGUUAGCUAUCUCUAGUCCUGCUUGAUGGUGUUCUAAAAGUAAUCCUGUGUGUUAAGUGCGUCGCACUAUUUUUUACAAUGGGAAUUUUUAAAUUUCUUCCGACACUGAGCAAUAAAUUCGGCUGGUUAUAUACGAAAUGUUGAUAUCACACAAAUCAUAGCUUCAUAAUAUUAAAGUGUCUAAUUGUUUUUGUAUUACACUAGCGUAGUUUUUACUAAGUAACGAAAUAGCUUUUUUAAAUAUGUUUCAUUUUGUUUACUGAUAUUACGUGCCUUCUGUGGUCAUGGCGGAAUGUGUAUUUAUAUAAUUAUUAUAAGACAGUAGACGUAUUCAGAAAUAUAUUUUGAACCUUAUCCAUAACGUGAUAAAACAUUUGAACAAUAAUUUCAUCAAAAAAACGUUAUCUUCGCUAUUUAAAAUUAAAAUAGCUCUAAGAACUAUGAUCAUAAGGUUCAAUUGAAAUGCGAAAGCGACUACUGCCUUAAAAAAGGUUUAAAGCUUUGUUUUAGCAAGUGUUGGAUAUUAGUGUUAACAUUACGCUAUCUCAUUGGUGGAUCAUUGACGAUGCAAUAUAUCUGGCGUUAGUGCCGAGUCCGGCCCUGGCAGGCCCAUAGCCAUCUAGCGGCUUACACUGGAAACUAUUAUAAGUCAGCAAUGAUCAAAUAAUAAUAGUUUUCAGUGUUAGUUGAAAGGUUGGUGGUGCGUUUUAAUCCAUAAAGUUUUCUAUUAAGGCGCCACUAUAUUUCACAUAUAUUAUGUAUAUGUUUGAUAAUAACAGUUUAUUAUCAAUAAUGGAUUAGGAAUGGGCAGCAAUUUGCUUUUUUUAUUCCAUCUUUUUACUUGUACAAGUCGUGGUUACGGUCGUGAAAUAUUAUAUUAUGUAUUUAAUAAGUUAUACAUAUUUUACAUCAAGAAUUGCCGGACAGAAAACUUUGUGGUAUUAAUUUGUAUGAUCUUAUAGCUAGUCAAUACUUGCAAUACUCAGAAAAAAAUGGUGCUUAGCCUUGACUAAUUUCCGCUUAUUAACAAAUUUUAGGAUUUGUGAAAUAAAAUAAUGAGAAAUAUCAAUUUAUGAGAGAAUUUGUGAUCAUUAUACAACGAUGCACCACCGACCCCAAGGGUGGGGGCAAAUAUUCUUUUUUUACAGUUUUAUAACAGAAUAGCCCCAUAGCCCUCAAUCCGGGCCUGUAGCCUUAUUACUUACAGUAUAUGACAAGCUAAACUGAGCAUUAUAAUUUUAUUCAUAGCUCUCAAUUUAGUUUGGCAAUAUAUCGUUAUGAGUAAGGCCCUCGCUUCGUGCCAUUUUCGUAGAAGCUGUUAGUAUCGGUACUAAGGCCUACAAUUUCUGUUUAUUCUACGAGAUAUAUGAGAGAUGCGAUGUUUGUAUCUAAGAAAUAUAUUAUUGUAUUAUGGUCUUACAUAUGCAUGGUUAUUUUUUUAGUGCCUACCUGUAAUUACUUUAUUAAAGACAAAGAUAAUAAAAUAUUAUGUAAAUUGAA